AUGCAACUUGUCGACUAUUUGACUCAAGAGACCACAAUAGAAAGUAAAGAUAUCCUUCUUAUUGUAAUUAGCUCAUGCAUCUAUGCUGUAUGCAGAACAAUGAUCAACCGUCUUGUUCUCCGUCCCUUGACUGCAUUUGUCCCCGUCGAAAAACAAAAAGUUAAAUUCAUUAACCGCGGCUUUGACUUCCUCCAUUACUGUGUUUCAACAAUUUUAGGUACACUCGCAUUCUCUACAAGACCAUAUGCCCACUGCUGGUUCUACAUUCUUGAUUGCAAGCAGUAUUUGGGACAAACAGGCAACGCUUUCCAAUGCAGUGUCCUUGAGAAGAUCUAUUAUAUUUACUUCGCAUCCUACUACGUCUCAGAUAUCCUCUGGAUCCGCACAACAAACGAUGUUGUUAUGUUAAUCUUCCACCACUUCUUCACAUUGUCACUUAUCUUCUCCUGCGUUAUCGUUGCUCGUCCAGUUUACGGUUUGUGCCUCAUGCUCCUUCACGAUUGGGGUGACACCUUCUUAUAUUUAGGAAAGGUCUUGAUUUACCUUGGAAAACCAGGAUAUGCUGAUUACUCUCUCUAUUUCUUUGGCAUCUUGUUCUUCUGGCUCAGAAUUUUCGGCGUCGCUUCCAUUCUUUACACAUUAUAUGCUUACAACUCAGAAAACAAGCAGACAUUACACCCAUAUCUUUAUUACUGUGCUGAUGCCAUGCUUGCCUUCCUUUAUUGUCUCCACCUUAUCUGGGGAUGGGAUAUUCUUCUUGCUGUUAGAAGAGUUUUCAACAAGUCGAUUGAAGCUCAUGAUACAAGAUCCGAUCCAGGCUACAAGCGCACAAAAAUCGAUUAA